GAAGAAAUGCGUCCGUUAUGGCCGCGACGGAGCCGCUCCUCGCUUUGUUGCUCUUUCUCCGGCUGUCGGUGCUGGGGUCGGCGAAGGCUGAACUGGAGAUUGAAAACGGCACUCUCAGAGCAGACGACUUUCCUACGAACGCGACGGCUCCCAGCGAGACGACCGAAAACCAGAGCGCGGAGAGCCUCGGGCCUCGAAACGGACUGCUGCCAAUUUGCUCGUGCGACCUGCACCCAGGCUUUUGUGACCUCAACUGCUGCUGCGAUUCUAGCUGUGGGUCGGAAUGCAACCUGAACAGCCCCGAGUGCCCCUUUUCCUUCUGUCUUCCAGGCAGCAUCAGGGCUACAAGUCAUAUAUGUCUGGAAAAAUCUCUCAUUUUCCGAAAUAACACUCCUUAUCGUACUGAAAUCCUUGCUGAUGGAUGUACAGUGCUCUUCUGUAUCCAGCUAAAUGACUCAAGACUGAAUUAUUUAGAGAAGCCACAAGCGGUUACAAAAGAGAACUUUGCAGCCCUUUCAGCACAAUAUGGAGGAUCAUCAUUUAUCUCAGUAGAGCAAGUUCAGCCAUCUCCAUUUCCCUUUUACCGGGUGGGGGACCCCAUUCAGACAUACUUUCCUUCAACAUCUGUAUUGAGUGUACUCAAACAACCAGUAGGCAUGGGAACCAGCCAACUUUGCAUUGAUGAGAAUCCUGCAGGUUUCCUGGAGAGUAAGAGCACAAGCUGUAUUCGGAUCUUUACUGACCUGGUGAAGAGUUGUACCACUGACCCUACACUGGAUGCAGCUUCAUACUACCAUCAUUUCAGUGUGCUGAAGGUUCCAGUCAACAUGACUAUUUUUCAACCCUUACAGGUAAACAUAAUCCCUGUUUCAGAACCUGCAUCACCUUCACUGAAUGGCAGGACCUGCCACAACAUUGUUUCUGAGGUGGUAUAUCAGGUGGAGUUCAAUGGGACCCAUGGAAUUCAGAAGGUUUCCGUCCAGUUCAAACUGGUCAGUAUAUCUGGGAACCCAGGAGUCACACUGCAGCAACACUUUUCUCUGCAUUUUGGGAGUAGGAUCCCUUCUUUCACCAAACGGAGAAGUGGAAAUCCUGGCUAUAUCAUGGGAGCACCACUAAUAGCUCUCCACAAUGGCAGCCAGCAGCCUGUAACCGUUUUACAGAAUCAGGACAAUGGCCAGUGUUCAGUAACCGAGAGGUACAAAGUACGGUUUGGAGAGAAUAUGAUAACAGUCUGCCAGUUCAGUGUACCCUUUAAGCUGCAGGAAGCAAACUGUACACAUCUGCAGGAACUGCUAUAUGAAGUCUUCCAGGGAGGACAGAGCCCAGGGAGCUUGGCAAUAACUGGUAAUGCUGUCUCAGGCCAUCCUGGAGAAUGGAACAGCAUCUUCACCCACAGAUGCCACAUCCAGGGCAUUGACUGUAUGGUUCCCUUGUCCCUGGAGAUUCAGGUGAUUUGGGCCCACGUGGGCCUCCUGUCUAACCCAGAAAUUCAAGUGUUAGGAGGACGGUACUAUUAUCGCUGCAAGCCUCGAAAGUCCCUUGGCAUAUAUACAAACGUUUUGUCUUUGACAACUGCGGCUUCCUUCACAGAUGUUACCAAAAGGCCAGAGCCGCCACGUGGUCAGCCCAGAGUCUACUGGAAACUUCCAUAUGAUUUCUUCUUUCCUUUUAAAAUGGCAUUGAGUGGGGCUGUGAGCAGCUCAGGCAGCCUGGCUGGUACUCUGUUAGUGUCCUUGAUGUUUCUCAAACUACACAUCUCAUGAACCAAAGGGACAUCUUGCUAUCAGGAGAAUUAAGAUCAUAGAGCCUUGCUAUGAUGUUACCAAGAAUCAGCUGCCGUCUUCCACGGUGAAGGAGUGUGCAAAACUGUCUGCACUACUAAUGGAGGGAGAAGAGCAGAAUCUGCGUGUCAAGUGAACUGACACAAGCUAACAGCCAUGGUGAGCUGGUCACACACAUAUAUGACAAUAAGCCGUCUUGAGGCUUUUGCAAAGGACAGCAUAUAAAUAUCCCAAAUAAAUAAAUAAACAAUUGGGCAUGCAACCCAUGAUAGUAAAUGCUUUUGCCUUAAGGGAGGUGCCAUAUUUGAAGUGCCCGCCCACCCAAAAAGAAGAGUAGGAAGAAUUUUGUAAUUUCCAUUCUCUUUUGCCUUCUCUUUUGUUAGUGGGAAGCUUGGGACAUUUGGUAAUGAAAUUAUUUAUCUUUAGGGGUUAUCCUUAAAAACUGAUACUGUUCCAAUAAUCAUGCCCUUGUGUCAUUAGUUCCUAAAGCACGAGUUCUUUGCCUUUACCUUACUGCCCAUGAUAGGCUGUAGCCUUUCCUAGAGGAGUUCAAACUGGGACAUGAUUACUGAACAAUGAACCUCUCUGUGAUACCUGAGGCUGCUGAUUUAGUUGUUCUGGUGUUGGAUUUGACAGGACUUAAAUGCUCAAGAGUAAAUUCUCAAGCGUAUCGUAUAAAUUUAAGUAUAUAGUAAGAACUGGGCUUUAGUUUUAUAUGUGCUACAAUCUAUACUCUAUAGAGAUUUCCCCCCUAAUAUGUUACACUGUUAAAAAGCCUUAAUAAUGAAAUCCAAUACCUAAAAAUUGUAAAAUUAUGAAAGCAUGUGUCUUGGGUCAUCCUGUUACAAAUACACAUCUCUCUGACACUAAUGUAGUAUAAAUAGAAUGCCUAUCCUACUUCUUCAAACUAUGCUAUAAUUCCCAAACCCCAGCAUGUUUUCUUUCAGUCAUGUUACUUUGUGUUUCUCUAGGCCUAAGUAAUUGGAGUAGGCCUGUCCUAAUGUAUGGAUUGCAUCAUAGCAUUCCCCUGGAAUGGAAAAGGAUCCAAGUUCUUCUCCAGUAUUUGGAAUCAUAUACACAUAUUUGUUGUCACACAACCAUCAUCUUAAAAACUGCCCUGACAAGAUGAGGGACUUGCUAUCUUGAAGUAACAGGAUUAAUGCCUCUGUACAUAUGAAGUCUUCUAGCUUGAGGUAUACUGCAAGCCAAUAGUGGACUUCUACUACUGUAGGCCUUGCAAGACCAUGAAAGUAAGAGCAAGUCCCUGUAGGGCAGCCUUCUGUAACCUGGUGCUGUCCACAUGUGUUGGACUGUAAUUUUCAUCAUCCCUGCUUCACUGGGUGUGUCCGCCCUAUUUUUCUUAUGAAAUUUUACCAAAUAUAUCACUUUUCUGGAAGAUACAUGUAAGGUAGAAGAAACAUUUGAAAAGGACAAGUCAAAAUAUGACUACCAGCCAAAGCUAUUGGGUAACCAUUGUUGAUACCAAUUGAUUUAUCCAUUAUGAUAAUAUGGUCCAGAUAACUUGGGCUUUCAUAGCCAUCUUUUCAAAAACCUUCUAAUGAUAGGGACUGGUUUUAGCAUGACUGACAUGGCUUCUUUAUUUUGUGUAUACUUUUGUAAACAUUUCAAUUUAAAUGCUUUAAAAAUUAAUGCUAUUUUUAUUAUAACAGUUUAUAAGAAGGCUAUAUUUUUUUACACAAAAGCAAUGUUUACAGAAUUUAAAUUUUGUACAUUUCAUUGCUCAAUUACUUCUGUAUGUAAGGGAGUUUCUAUGAAUGAAGUAUAUUCCCUUUUUAAGAACAUAUAUUUUGUUCAAGGUAUGUCCUUCCCUGCCUUUUGAUGAGAUUUAUAGUAACUGCUGGGAAGUUGUGUCCACAUGUUUAGUUCAAGGUUAGAGUUAGUUCUACAAACCUUAGUUUUGAAAUGAAUCUAUCUCAAACUUUGUUUAACAAAAGCUCCAUAAUGCUCUUUUUGUCAUUGUGCAUUAAACCUAAAAAACUCA